UAUGGCAACUUUUUACCACUACGGUUCGACUGAUGAAAAUCUGAAUCAUGAUAUGUGUCCCAAAGGCGAAGAUUCUUGGUGCUCUUACCAGCGCGCUGAAGCAAGUGGAGAGCUUGAUACUUAUACUCAAGAUUAUUCUCCCUUACCUCCUGAUGUUUUAAAAGCUAUUAAACCGAUUUACGACGAUCUCAGUAAUGAUAAUUUACUUUCAAGAUGUGUAGGUGGAUUCAAUCAGAAUAAUAAUGAGAGCUUCAAUCAACUAGUGUGGAAAAUAUACCCAAAAACCGUGAAUACUAGUUCUACUAUCGUACAAAUUGCUGCAUACAUAGCUACUUGUAUAUUUAAUGAAGGUACAAAUUCAUUAUUAAUGAUUAUGGAUACCCUAGGACUUAAUUGUGGGUCUAAUUCCCAUCGGUAUGCUGAAAAAUUGGAUGCUGCACGUGUGAAAGUGGCAGAUCAGCGCGCCAACGACAACACUUGGGAAGGCAGAAUGCUUCGUAGGCAACAGCAAAUUGAUGUUUUGGAAACUUCCACAAUGGCUGAAGAACUAUUAUAUGGCCCAGGAAUAGAUGACUCGAUAUGAAUCUCCAAGGACUUAUGAUUGUCACCGCAAGGACCUUUUUUUGGAACUGGGUCAACACAGACAGCUAUAACUUUGGAAAUAAAAUUUUUUUUUUUUUGAAAUUUUCGUGACUUCAAGUUAAAACAUUGUAUAAUAAUGCCAUAUUACUACUUUUGUAAAAUAACAUGAUUUAAUAGCAAAAAAAAAAUACUGAAAA